AUGUCUGUGCGCCAAACCCGACGACAGGCAGCCCUUGCUGCUGCCAACGAGACGCCCACGAAGGCCCCGGCUACGGCGACAGCACCGGCAACAGCUCCAGACAGCCCCGUGAGCGCCAGCGGCAACGGUGCCGUCCCCGAGCUCGAUGCCACUCCCGCAGCUGGGCGCCGCGCCCCCCAGGAGAACAUCUUUCUCUUCUGGCCCAACAUCAUAGGGUACUUCCGAAUCGUCCUCGGCAUUGCCUCUCUCUACUACAUGCCACUACACCCUCGCACAUGUUCGGUCUUGUAUAGCGUGUCAUGCCUGCUCGACGCCCUCGACGGCUAUGCUGCCCGCUAUUUCGAACAGUCGACCAGGUUCGGCGCCGUGCUGGACAUGGUGACUGACCGAUGCACCACCUCGUGUCUGAUCGUGUUCCUGGCCUCGGCCUUCCCGCGAUGGUCCAUUGUCUUCCAGGGCCUAAUUUCGCUCGAUCUGGCCAGCCAUUACAUUCACAUGUACGCAACUUUGGCCAUGGGUGGGUCCAACCAGAGCCACAAGUCCGUCGACAAGUCAAGGAGCUGGCUGUUGAACCUAUACUACACAAACAAGACUGUUCUCUUCGUCGCCUGUGCCGCCAACGAGCUCUUCUUCAUCGGCCUCUACCUGCUCUCCUUCUCCUCGCCCUUACUCUCCCCACAGCUCCUGGAGCAUGUGGGCGAGUCCAAGGCCGCCGCGAUCCAGAAUGGAGCCCAGGUUAACAGCUCGAUGCUCCGCCAGCUGUUCACAAACCCCUACAGCGCCGGGGCCCUCGAGCUGGCCCGCGCAAACAAGAUGGACUCCUUCUGGCCCUGGGUUCUGACCGGCGUCAGCUUUCCCAUCAUGGCCUUCAAGCAGUUCACCAACAUCGUGCAGCUGAUCAAGGCCAGCAAGUGGCUUGCCGAGGGCGAUAUCGCUGCGAGGAAAGCAGCUGGCUUGCCCAGACCGGAAAAAGCCAAGCCGAAGGCGGCGUAG